AUGGCAUGUCCCCCUACCGCAACCUGCCCUAUCAUAUCUUCAUCCCUCGGUACCAAGAGCGCUUCCAAAUCUAAAGAAAAACGUGAAAAUGGCAGCGAAAGCGAAAGCGAACGCAACGGCCAACAUAUCGUCAAGUCCACUGCAAACACAAACGCUGAACUGCAACAGACGGGCAAAGUUAAAGAGCUCUUUCAGGACUACGAUCAUGGUCGAUCGCCAGAAUCUAUCACGGUUGGUGGGGCAUAUGCGCCCAUGAGUGGCUACUUUUUGCCGAGCAACUUGCUUGAAGAUCAAAAUGGGCCGAGGACGCCGAAAAUAAUUGCGGAAGGGCUAGCGGUACCGGCUGGGAAAGUGAGAGGAGAUGACUCUGAGCCUGUGUCGUCAGCCAUGGUUACUUCGAGGAUGAAAUUGAAUCAGGUGCUAGGGAAUAGAAGGAAGGUUGGUUGCGCAGCGUCGCUUCCUGCUGGGACGGCUGCGCAUCUUGCUGAACAUGGUCCUCUUGCUGGAAGGUCUUCUAGGGUUGGUGUGUCCUUCGGGGCUGAGAGGGAUCCCGCUUUCGAAGGUUCAUACGAGGAUGAUGAUGAUGCAUGUGCCAACCACGCUGCGAGUGAUGGUGAUCGCGAAGAUAACGAAGUUCUGAAAAAUGGCGGCAAGACUGAUAAUACUGGAGAGUCAGAAUACCCCAGGUUCAGUCAAGUUGAUUAUUUUACGCAACAUCAAAGCUUACAAAUUCGGACAACCGGGCUUCCCAAGCGACCAAGAUACUCUGCGGCUACUGUUGGAUUUCCGUGUCCUGUUACCGUAUGGGCUUUCAUAGAUAGGGGUGAUCCCGAGCAUGGGACGCCAACGGCAGCAGAUUUACCCUGGGAGAUACGAACAUUGCGUAAGACAAACGAGCUGAACACAAUUGCGGCUUAUCUUGCUAGCAUGCGACGAAACCUCAAAGAUCUAGACGUCAACUUUACCUUUCACUACCGCCCGGUGUCCUUUAUUGACAAAGCAGAUCGUGAUAAGAAAAUUGGGGGAUAUACCUCCUCUGACAAGCAAAAUGCUCAUACCGUCGCAGACCUGUAUAUGCAUACAAAGGACGAUCGGAGUUGGGGGACGCUCUGCGUUACGAGGGAGCAUCAUGUCCAGGGAAUGGCCUGGCAUUACUGGGCAGUUGCUGCUAUCUCGCCACCCAAGUCGCCGUUCCAGUCAGUAGAUGAGAAAGGGGUAUACCUUCUCAUGUACGACUCAAGGCCGCUCAAGGAACCGACCAAAAAGCGCGACCGGGAUUGCUGGAGGAACUAUAUGCGUCGUGAUCAGUACAAAUUACUGGUGGAGAUAGGGAAGAAUUUCAAGAUCCUUGAUCUCGCAAUCAAUCGGAGGCAGCUCUCGGUCGAGGGUGAGGACGAUCCCCUGCGUCUGACCCUGUGGUGGCUUUGGAAUAUUGCCCGGUACGGCGGGGGCUUCUAUGAGAGAGACGGCGAGCUGGACGACCCACGCUGGAGGUUGACAGAUGCCAGAUGGCUCCACUUUGAUCAGGAUUGGUCGAGCAAUGUGCGAACAGCAUUGCGGUGGAAAAAUGUUAAAGAAUGGUUCUCAGAGCAACGGCUGGAUGAGCAGCUAACCCACGAGCAAAGGAUCCAAGCACAUGCGGUAGCUGCCUAG